GUGCGCAGUAGCUGGUAGUACCCACGCGGGUGGUCGGGUCGGUGCGCGGAGCAGAGUGGGAUAUUGCCACGGAAAUGCGCUCGUCAGUGCUGCUCCUCUUCCUUCUCCCGCUUCUGCCGCCGGUCCGUGGCGUGCCUGCCGCCCGCCCGGCGGGGCCCGGCUUGGAGGAGCGGCUCUUCACGCAGGUCCGGGACCACUUCAGCUUCGAACCCGGCGGCAACGAGACCUUCCCGCAGCGGUACCUGCUCUCAGCAAAGUUCUGGAAGAAAGGAUUUGGACCAAUCUUUUUCUAUACUGGCAAUGAAGGCGACAUCUGGACUUUUGCUGAGAACUCUGACUUCAUAUUUGAAUUAGCAGAGGAACAGCAAGCUCUUGUGAUUUUUGCCGAGCAUAGGUACUAUGGGAAAUCUCUUCCAUUUGGACUUGAGUCAACACAGCUAAAGAAUACUCAUCUGCUUACUGUGGAACAAGCCCUCGCUGACUACGCAGUGCUAAUUACUGAGCUUAAGCAGCAGUAUGGAGCUGCAGGCUGCCCUGUCAUUGCUUUUGGAGGCAGCUACGGAGGAAUGCUGAGUGCUUACAUAAGGAUGAAAUACCCAAACGUUGUGGAUGGGGCAUUAGCUGCCAGCGCUCCUGUGCUGUCUGUGGCUGGGCUUGGAGACCCUGCUCAGUUCUUCAGGGAUGUAACAGCAGAUUUUCAGAAGUCCGCCCCAGGCUGUGUCACUGCUGUCCGCAAAGCCUUCCAGCAGAUCAGGGAUCUGUUCCUGAGCGGAGCUUAUGAUGAAAUCAGCAGCAAAAUGGCCACAUGCAGCAAGAUUUCUAGCAAGCAGGAUGUUUACCAGCUUUUUGGGUUUGCUAGAAACGCCUUCACCAUGAUGGCCAUGAUGGACUACCCUUACAAAACCGAUUUCAUGGGGCACCUCCCUGCUAAUCCAGUGAAGGUUGGCUGUGAACAAAUCCUUGCCCACACAGACCCGAUUCAAGGCUUGGCAGCUCUUGUUGGUGUGUUCUACAACUCCUCUGGCUCAGCGCAGUGCUACGACGUGUACCGGCUGUACCGGGCCUGCGCUGACCCCACGGGCUGCGGCACUGGCACGGACGCUGAGGCCUGGGACUACCAGGUGUGUACCGAGAUCAACUUAACUUUCAACAGCAACAAUGUGACGGACAUGUUCCCUGAGAUGCCCUUCACAGAGGCCAUGAGAGAGCAGUACUGUUGGAGCAGAUGGCGCGUAAGGCCGCGACCGCGGUGGCUGCAGAUCAACUUCUGGGGAGGAGACCUGAAAAGUGCAAGCAACAUCAUAUUUUCAAAUGGAGACUUGGACCCAUGGGCUGGAGGUGGGAUAAAUAGCAGCUUGAGUCCUUCGCUAACUGCUGUGACCAUUCAAGGAGGUGCUCAUCACCUGGAUCUGCGGGGACACAACCCAGCUGACCCCCCAUCUGUCAUAGAGGCACGCAAGUUAGAAGCGAGCAUCAUCGGUGACUGGGUGAAAUCUGCAAGGAUGGAAAGAGUGUGGGAGAAGCGCUCUGGAGCGGCGGCAGGCGGCUGGCGGUGAGUGCACCAUGGGAGCUGUGCACAGGCGCUGCAGGACUGCCCAAGGCAGCAGAGCUGUGCUUCUGGAGAAGAUGUUGCCUCCUCUGCCAUGGUGAUGGGAAUUCAAGCAGCAGAAAACAAAAAGCCAAAUUACUGACUGAAGCCAAAACUGUGUUGUAUGGGUUUCACGCUCACCUGCUCAUAAUGAGAAGGUACUUCAAAUGAUGGAAAGAAUAAAAUUUUCCUGAAGGCCCAGGA